ACAGAUCACGGUUUGUGCGCCAGCGCUGUUACUGGACGCGCCCUCACUUCCGAGUGUGCUGGGCUUUAGAGUAAAUAAUAACACCGUCAGGGGCUUGUGUGUGUGUUGCCAAGAGAACGCGGUGAGCAGGUCAGAUGGCGCAGGUCUCGCGUGCUUUAAAGCAGUCAAUUUGACGACUUAUUGAAUGUGACAAGACAUGAAUAAACCCAAAAUGGCGGCAGAAAAGAGUGCUUCCCGGGUGCUGAUGUUGCUGAGUCAGCUGGAAAGACUGAACGAGGAGCCCAAAGUCUCUGAUAAUGAUGCCAUCCGGCAGACCACAGGCAAAAUCCUUCACCUCAUCCAGACUCAAGAGAAGACCCGUAAUGAGGUGGCGUCUAAAAGCUCUGGUGGGAUGGAGAUCAUUCUGUCGUCUCUGGAGAAUACGCAAGAUUUGCAGACCACUCUCAACAUCCUCGCUAUCUUGAAUGAACUGUUGACUGUGGGUGGAGGCCGCAGGACCGGGGUGUUUGUGUCUAAGGGAGGAACAGCCGUUCUGCUGCAGCUGCUGGUGAGCUCCAGCAAAGACCCUCCGGCCAAUGAGGAACUGAUGCUUCACAUUCACUCUCUACUGGGCAAAGUCGGCCUCAAAGACAGGAAGUUUGGUGUAAAAGCGCGUCUGAACGGGGCUCUGAAUGCGACUCUGAAUCUAGUGAAGCAUAAUCUGCAGAACUACAAGCUGUUGCUGCCGUGCCUUCAGGUGCUUCGGGUCUACUCAAGCAACUUGGUAAAUGCAGUGUCACUGGGAAAGAGUGGCGCUUUGGAGAUCAUGUUCGAAAUCAUCGGACCCUUCAGCAAAAAGAGCACCACUCUGCUGAAGGUGGCCUUGGACACACUGGCGUCAUUACUGAAGUCUGGAAUGAAUGCCCGUCGGGCAGUGGACACAGGAUAUCUUCCCACGCUACUCGCAAUCUACCAAGAUUGGCACCGCAAUGACACACGCCACCGCCAUGUGGUCAUCCGCAAGAGCAUUCUGGGAUGCAUCAAAAACCUCACUAACAUUAAGCUUGGCAGGAAGGCCUUCAUAGACGCCAAUGGGAUGAGGAUCCUUUAUAACACAUCCACUGAGUGCCUGUCUGUCCGGACACUGGAUCCUCUGGUCAAUACCUCCAGCCUAAUUAUGAGGAAGUGCUUUCCAAAGAACCGCCUACCACUGCCUACUAUUAAAAGUGUCUUUCACCACCCUCUACCACACAUACCAGCCGGUGGACCGGUGGCGCAGCUGUACAACCAGCCGCCUGGAGUGGAUGAUGUAAAUGAUGACAUAGAGACAGAUAUCAACAAACUGCGGCCCAUACAGAUGAAUACGCGUCCGUUCGAUGAGCUCAGAGCCUACGAGUAUUUCUGUCGGGAAUUCAGAGAGAAUUUUGAGGAUGAUGACUUUGAAAACCCCAGAUCUGUCAUCCCUCCAUCAAGUGUUAACACCGAGCUUCAUCGUCCCAUCAUCAUUCCCACCACGCCGAGCUCCUUGGGGCCUCAGAACAGACGUCCACUACGAGAGGACCUUCUGACGCCCAAGUCAAAUGAAUCCCCUCUGGAGCUGGACAGCAUUUCCAUCUCAAAAAGGCCAGAGGGCACAGCGGACCCCGAUCUGGUCUGUAGUUUGGGCAGCCUGGUUCUAGAUGCUGGCGUGAAUGGAGGCUCUGCGGAUGGGCCUCAGGACGAGGGCGGGGAACAAGCGGUGCUGGAAGUGCCAGACACCGCAGCACUGCUGCCGCUGCACGACCCUGACCUUUACUUGGAGAUUGUGAAGAGCACCCGCUCAGUGCCCGCCUACACAGAGGUGGCUUAUCCAGAUUACUUUGGGCAUGUGGCACUCAAUCUCCGCGAGCCCAUUCUAGAGAGGGUUUAUGGUGUGCAGAGAACGAAGAUUUUCCAGGAUAUUGAGAGGCUCAUUCACCCCAGUGACAUCCUCGAUAAAGUCGUAUAUGACUUAGACAAUCAGAGUUGUCCAGUAAUUGACAACGGGGAGUCUCUCAAGUUCAACUCUAAGUUUGAGUCUGGAAACCUACGGAAAGCAAUACAAGUCAGAAAGUUUGAGUAUGACUUGAUCUUGAACUCGGAUAUCAAUAGUAAUCACUACCACCAGUGGUUCUAUUUCGAGGUGGGCAAUAUGCGUCCUGGAGUUCGUUAUCGAUUCAACAUAAUCAACUGUGAGAAGUCCAACAGCCAAUUCAAUUAUGGCAUGCAAGUGCUCAUGUACUCAGUACAGGACGCCAUCAACGGCAGCCCCCAUUGGGUUAGAACUGGAUCAGACAUCUGUUACUACAAGAAUAAUUUCUCACGAAGCUCCAUUGCAGCUGGCGGUCAAAAGGGCAAAUCCUACUUCACCUUGACCUUCACUGUGACCUUUCAGCAUAAAGAUGAUGUUUGCUACUUUGCCUACCAUUACCCAUACACCUACUCAAUGCUGAAGAUGCAUCUGCAGAAGCUGAGUGCUUUGCGCACAGCUCAGAUCUACUACAGACAGGAUGAUCUGUGUGAAACUCUGGGAGGAAACAGCUGUCCCCUGCUCACCAUCACAGCCAUGCCAGGAUCAUCCAGCAAUGAUCACAUCAGCCAGUUCAGAAGCCGUCCAGUGGUGUUUCUGUCUGCGCGAGUACAUCCUGGAGAGACUAACUCUAGCUGGGUGAUGAAGGGCACUCUAGAGUAUCUCAUGAGUUGCAGUCCCCAAGCCCAACGUCUACGAGAGAGCUACAUCUUCAAAAUCAUCCCCAUACUCAACCCUGAUGGUGUCAUUAAUGGAAAUCAUCGUUGUUCUCUGAGUGGGGAGGAUCUGAACAGACAGUGGCAGAACCCCAAUGCCGAGCUGCACCCCACCAUCUACCACGCCAAGAGUCUCCUGCAGUACCUCAGAGCUACAGGAAGAACUCCACUGGUGUUCUGCGACUAUCACGGCCAUUCACGGAAGAAGAACGUUUUCAUGUACGGCUGUAGUAUUAAGGAGACGGUGUGGCAGACCAAUGUCAACACCAGCACCUGUGAACUACACGAGGACCUUGGAUACAGGACUCUGCCUAAGCUGCUGUCUCAGAUGGCUCCAGCGUUCAGUCUGUCCAGCUGCAGUUUUGUAGUCGAACGCUCUAAAGAGACCACGGCGCGAGUGGUGGUGUGGAGAGAGAUCGGAGUGCAGCGCAGCUACACCAUGGAGAGCACGCUGUGCGGCUGCGACCAGGGCAAAUACAAGGGGCUCCAGAUCGGUACAAGUGAACUGGAAGAAAUGGGUGCUCAGUUUUGUUUGGCUCUGCUCAGGCUAAGACGCUUCACGUCCCCCUUAGAGCUCCACAACCACAACUCCCAUCUGCUGGACACGGAGAACGACCUGAUAGACACCCGCAGCAUCCCCAACAUCACCAGUCCCACCACAUACGUGUUGGAAGAGGAUGAGCCAGCGUUCCUGGAGGAAGUCGACUACAGCGCAGAAAGCAAUGACGAGAAUGAUCCCGAUCUUGAACCCGAUCUCCAGGAUAACCAUGCCCUCCCGGACCCCAAUUCUGACUCAGAGUUCAGCCGCCAAGACUCACUUAACUGAAAUAGAACCAGACUCACUUUAGUGUAAGGCUUUAGCUGAUCUCACCAGUCAUUUGCCUGUGUACUACAUCACUCGUGUUUGCUUAAUUGCCUACUUUAUAGAAACUCGUUUGUUCACAAAGUUGACCUAAAUCAGAAUAACCUAACUUCAAAAUUGUCUUUCUAACAAACAUAACAUAAUAAUGCAGAAGAUCCUUUUGAGACCAUAAUGCUUAUAGAUGCUUUACAAGUUACAGCAUUAUUAGUAAUGUUAGAAAUCAAUCUAGAACACGUCAUUAUUAAAAUGGAGGUAAAGUUUUGUCGUUUACUUAUCCUCAAGUUCCAAACCUGUUUAACUUUCAAAAUUCUGUGGAACACAAAAGUAGAUGUUAUGAAGAAUGUUCACACUUCUCUGUGUUUCGUACAAUGAAAAUGUAGUUUUAAAGGGAUAGUUCACCCAAAAGUGAAAAUUUGCUGUUUU